AUGGCCGACUUGGCGGAAGCUGUGGUUCGAGGUGAUAUCUUGGUUGACGAGAUUGAUGUGAUUGAAGCAGUUGAGAAAGGGCGACUUAACGCAAGUGAUGGUGCUCGAUUUAGUGCUAUUUUGGAAAAGUAUUCCAAGUUACACAGAAAAUCUUCGAACUCGCGUGGAGAAUAUUUGGAAUCAGCACAAGACGCAUCAUCUAAGUCAACCAAAUGGGAUGAAGUAUUAGUGGAUGAAGUGGACUUCAUUGAAGCACUUAAAAUUGGACGAAUUAGCAAAGAUGACUGUCACAUAGCAUCUAUUAAUAAGAGAACAGAAAUCCUCGAGGACUCGUCGGGCGAUAUUGAAGAAGCUAAAAUAAGUUUUCACGACGAUAUCUUGACCGAUAACGGGAAAAUGUCCGAUGAGUUAUCAUCUAUUGAUAUCUUCAUUUAA